GGGUUAGUGGCCCUCAGUAUCGCGCGUCGUUCCGUGGUGUUCGGUUGGAUUGUUCUCAGUUUCGCGUAGUGUGUCGGUCGGUUGGCAAGCAAGCUUCACACGGAAGAAAAAUAGAAUGACAGCGACGUGAGGAUUCUGAUACACGGGAACGGUCUUCCUGCUCAGUCUCUCCCCGAGCGAGUUUCGAGCCGCGUGAUUCCUCAGGUCGAAGCCAUCGAAAGGAUGUGGCGUCUCGACGCAGCUACGCUUUUGCUCUUCUUUCUGGUACCGGUAUUUGGUCAAGACGGCAGCCUCUACUUCUCCGUGAGUCCCGGCGAGCACUCGGUCGCCGAGGGAUCCCCGGUGCGUUUGAGAUGCGAGGCACAGCCCAGUUCUCUGGUCAAGUACUCGUGGAAAAUCGACGGACAGCCGCUGGCGCCGAGUCCACGGAGACACCAGGAUGGCGGCGACCUUCGCAUCACCAGGGUGAACCGAAUCCUCGACAGUGGCAACUUCGUUUGCGUUGCCACCCACGAGGAAACUGAAUAUUCCAUCGAGAGUUCACCAGCCAAGAUCGACAUUCAAUGGAUCAGCGAGGCGAGCGUGCAGCUACAGCAGCCGAAGUUACCCUCCGCGAUCCGUGUGGGAGGCGAGAUCGAACUUCGAUGUCACGUGGACGGUUCCGGAGACAUGAAGUACGAGUGGUACAGGAACCGCGAACCGGUGGUAAGGAGCGAUCGGAUCGAGAUCAAGAAGAAGAAGCUGCACGUUCACCGAGCCGUACCCGAGGACAGCGGAAUGUACAGCUGCCUGGCGAAGAACGAGGCUGGAGCGUCACCGAAAAUGGAAAGCUUCCCCCUGGUCGUCUCGGGUAACGAUACCGCCACGAUAAAGGUCGUUCCCAGGGACCUGAUCGCGAAACGCGGCGAGCCGGCGAUGCUUCACUGCGCCUUCGAGGACGCCGAUUCCGUUCAGUGGUUCUUCAAGGAUAUCGGGCCGCUGGAAACCGACGACGAGAGGACGGUGUUGGAGAACGGUACUCUGGUGAUACGGUCGGCCGAGCACAGGGACCAAGGAUUUUAUUCGUGCCACGGCGAUCGAGGGGACAGCAGCAUCACCUACACGGUCGACCUUCAGAUAGCCUAUUUGAUGAACCUUUCGGCGGCUUCGUUCGAGCCUCUACUGCCGAACCAAGUGGCCGUGGUGGGCGAGGAUCAGGAGCUGCAGGUCAGCUGCUUGGAACCAUCCGGUCUGCCAUCUCCGAAAGUCUACUGGAAAGAUCCCAAGGGACACAUCAUAAGCGAUUCGGGGCCUGUGCGCGUUCAGGACAACACGCUUAUCGUUGCGAAGGCUCGAAUAGGCGAGGACGAUGGCAAUUACAGCUGCGUGGCCGAGAAUAUGGCCGGCGAGACGGAUAUAUUCGCUCAAGUGGUGAUUUCCACUCCACCGACGCUGAUAAGCUCGCCGGAGAGCCUGAGCGUAAUGGAGGGAGAUUCCGUGACGCUGACGUGCUCCUACUUCGGCAUGGAACCGCCGGUCACCCACGUACGUUGGCUGAAAGACGGCGAGCCUGUGAAAGAGAGCGGCGGCCCGACGAGACAUCGAGUAACGGAUCACCACGGCAACGUGACCCUGCACCUGAAGAGCGCCGACCUGUCCGACAAGGGCAGCUACAUGUGCGAGAUAUUCACGAAAGGCUUCCCGUCGAUAUUUUCGGAGCGAGCAAGUUUGACGGUCGAGGAGAAGCUCAAGUUCUCCCCGCAACCGGUGGACAAGCGGCUGGAGCUUGGCUCGACGGCCAAAGUGCCGUGCAAGUCUCAGGGUGCCACUAAUCCGACGGUGAAGUGGAUCAAAGAGGGGGCAGACGAGGAAUUUCCAAGGCACGUGCAAGAUAUCAAUGGAACUCUUCACUUCAAUGGAGUUCUCGAGGAGGACAAGGGUCGCUACACGUGUAUAGCCAGCAACGCGCAGGGAUCGAUCAAUCACACGAUCAGCAUCGACGUAGUCAUCGCGCCAAAGUUCACCAUCCAGCCGCAGAAUCCGACGGAGGCGAUCGAGGGGUAUCCGGUGAUGCUGCACUGCGCGGCCGAAGGCGAUCCCAAGCCGACCAUCCAGUGGGACAGGGACUCUCGAAUGAACAAUCUGAACAAUUCCCGCUUCGAGGUGCUCGGAAACGGAAGCUUGUACAUAAAGGAAGUGUACAUGAGCGACGAAGGGAAGUACGGAUGCACGGCGGGCAACAGCGGUGGUUUGAAGCGGGAAGAGGUUCAGUUGAACGUGAAGGCCGGCGACACGUACAGAUUCGACGUGGAUUUGGAAGUUGGAGACGACGGAUCGAUGAUGACGAAGACGGUUACGAUCACUCUAAGCGCGGCCGCGGCUUAUAUGGUGUUGGUCGUGGGUCUCAUGCUCUACUGUCGUUACCGUCGACGUCGUAGGAAGCAGCAGUAUCUCCAAGAACAGGCAGAAGAAAAACUGGAGAACGGAGAGGUGCAAGAGGAACAGACCGAGCUAAAAGAGACCAGCAACAGCAAGAUGAACUCGACCGGUAGGAAAAAGGAGAACCGCGAUUCCCACAAUAAGAGCGACGGCGCGGAUACCGCUCAGAGUCAGAGCAGCAACCAGUCGAAGAAGUCCAAGUCGAAUUACGACAAGAUCGCCGCGUCGCGUAGCAAUUUGAAGGAACUGAAACCGCUGGGUCGCGGUGAAUUCGGCGAGGUCUACUCGACCAAGUAUCAAGUCGACGGCGAUAAAGAGACGCUGGUCAUGGUGAAGAGUUUGAUCAAUACGAAAGACGAGACGGCUCUGCAGGAGUUUAAGCGUCACCUGGAUCUUCUCCACAAGCUGAACCACGAGAACGUCGUGAAACUGAUCGGUCUGUGCCGCGAGGAGGAACCGGACUACAUGAUUCUCGAGUAUACCGACUGGGGAGACCUGAAGCAAUUCCUGAUCGCCUCGCGAAAGGACAAUAACUCGAGCCCGACCCACGAGUCGAAGCCUCCGCGAGCGCCGCAGCUAUCGGUCGCGCAGAUUCUCUCCCUGUCGAAUCAAGCGGCGAAAGGCUUGAAGCAUCUCGCGGACAGCCGUCUGGUUCACAAAGAUAUCGCCGCUCGAAACUGUCUAAUCGCUAGCAAUCUCACGAUCAAAAUCUCGUUGCCGUGCAUGACCAAAGAACCGUAUCAACAGGAGUACACGAAACAUCGGAACCAAGUGAUCCCUCUGAGAUGGUUGCCCUACGAGGCGGUCUACGAGGACGAAUACUCGACCAAGAGCGACGUUUACUCGUUCUCGUGUCUCGUCUGGGAGAUGUUCCAUCAGGGUGAGCUGCCGUUCAUCAAGAUGAACGACGAGUCCGUGUUGGCGGCGCUGAAAGCUCAAACUCUCGCGUGGAAGCCUCACAAGGCCGCGCCGCCUGCCUUGCAGGAGCUUCAAGCUCAAUGUUGGGCCAACGACCCGCGCGAGAGACCGACCUUCGACGAGGUCGUCUCGAAAAUAGGUGAAAUUGUCGUCGACAGUUGUCUCUAGAUUGAUCGACAAUGCCACGAGGCUCUAAAUCGGAGAUACCGCGAUAUGGGUAAUGGCCGCGCGAACUCGCCGUUGAACUCGUCGCGUUCGCAUGAUCCCCGAUUCUCGCCCGAUCCCGCGAUGAUUACUCGUGUUACGGUAUUCUGUCGCGUCCAUUAGGUCGGUAAGAAUAUAAUUUAUUUCUGACAGAAGGAUCCGCUCCAAUGAUUGCUAAUGUCGGAUUAAGUAAGGAUACUUACGAUCCAGUACACGCUACAAUAUAUACGACUAACGCAAUAUUUAGUAUUCAAUAUCAGUGUAACGAUAGGUAUAUCGAUCACCGCACAUCGAAUAUUCGUAAGAUACGCUAUGUUGUCGUUACGGCAGAAAUCGCAAGCUACAGUGUGAAUGUUAAGAAAGUAUCACGACCAUAUCAACAUUGAA